AUGCCGGCGCUCCUCGAGAUAAAAGCGAAGGUGCUACACCAGCGUUUGUACAACACAGAUUGGGAGGAGGACCUGAGCUGUGGGGUGCCCCAGCUCGGAUUUCUGUCCAAAACAGUCGGAGAACCCCUGCUGUGUGCAGCUCGUGCAGUCCAGGAAAGAUUUGUGAACGAGAUCAGUCCGCAGUCGAAGAAGAAUGUGUUUGGGUUGCAGCUGUUCCUCAUUCUUUCUCAGUGUUUAGACUGCCUACUCCACCUGCCCAUGUUUCCUUCGCAUGCUGUCGCUCUAGGCGCACACACACAGUGCCUAGUACUAGAAUUGUGGGGUUACCUGACUUAUGUUUCGAUCGUCGCUCCCCGCAUCGCUGAUGGGAGGUAUGAUGCCCGCGGGGCCACACUUCCCAUUCGCGGUGCCUUCACUGUGGAUGGGGCUGUCGCACAGGAGUUAUUCUGCGUCGGCAUUCCGUUCUGGUUUAUCCAGACAUUGACGCACCGGACUGUUAUUUUGAAGGUGGUGCAGCCUCUUCUGGUAAACAGUGCUUUGAGCCUUGCACUGGAGGCAAAAGUGGAUGUUCUGCCUUGGAACAGUGUCUGA